AUGGACUUCGCAGCCCUGAUGUCCAAGGAGAUCGCCAAGGCGAAAGGCACCAGCUCUCCCAGCAACGACGCCAAAUCCUCCUCUACCACCACCAACAAGAAAUUCAUCCGCAAGGCCGAAGCCGAAGCAGCCCGACAGGAGGCCUACAUAGCCGAGCAGAAAGCCCUCGCGGCCGAGAAGGAGGCGCGCGCAGCCGCCAAGCGCAAGCGCGAGGAAGAGGCGGCGGAAGAAGCAAAAGCGCGAGAAGAGAAGCGCAGGAGGCUGGCAGAGGAGUCGCGGCGGCGCAAGGCGGAGAAGGACGCUGAAGAGGAGCGUGCGAGGAGGAAGCGGCUGGGCCUGCCGGAGCUGCCGCCCGAGAAGGAGGGCACGCCGGCGUCUGGCGCUGAGGAGGCGGCCGAUGACGAGGAGGAGGAUGUACCAGAGGAUGAGCUCACAACGAGGCUGCGUGAACUUGGGGAGCCGGCGCAGCUGUUCGGAGAGACGCAUGCCAGACGGCUGAAGCGGUAUCGCAAGCUCACGACGGUGAUGUCACAGGGUCCGAUCCCGACGACGCUGGCACUGGUGGACGAGAAGGACAUGAAGGUCGAUGGGACGGUGCCGAAGGAUAAGGCAGGGCGCAAGUGGUUAUACCGGCAGCUUGCGAGCUACUUCUCUAUGGUGUUACGGGAGUGGGAGAUUGCCCUGGCACACGAGCGGAAUACGGAUACGUUCGCGGGCAAGGCGGCGUACAACGCCAUGGCGCAGAGCAAGGAGACGAUGAGACCACUGUUCCGCAAGUUCGAGAAGGGCGACCUCGACGAGAGUAUCCUGGAGCCGGUGGUAGAGAUUGUCAAGGCCGCACAGGAGCGACGUUAUGUCGAUGCCAACGAUGGAUAUCUGCGACUCAGUAUCGGCAAGGCGGCAUGGCCAAUUGGAGUUACCAUGGUGGGCAUCCACGAGCGUAGCGCGCGAGAAAAGCUACAUAAUGGCGAGAAAGGGCAUGUCAUGGGAGAUGAAGUCACACGGAAAUUCCUGCAGAGCAUCAAGAGGUGUCUUACGUUCGCUCAAGUGCGGUGGCCUCCAGAAGACAUUAGACAGAUGAUGGGUUAG